UUCCACAGUGAAAAUAACAUAACAAGUAAAACAUUUUGACGUUGCUGCGUGUGUUGAAUACAUUGGUAAAAACGAAAGAAGAAACAUAUAAGUACAUACAUAUGUACAUAAGAGCAACUGCGUUCUUUCAUGAUAGUGUUCUGGUGGUGUCUCGCUCAAUCUUUCGUACAAAUGGCUACGGACGAGCAUCGAGGUUAACAAGCAUAGUCAACGCAAACACUACUGGCCUAUCUCUUCAUAGUUUAAAGGAAAAAUGCAGUUGCAGUAAGGAACGUAAAGAGAGUAACUAAAGGACGAGAGAAAAGGAAUAAAGUAAUAAUCUGAAGAAGAUCCAUCGAUCGAAAUGAUUGGGCCAGAUUUACCGGAGGCACCACAGCCUUUGAAAAAGAUCGAGAAAUAUUUGAAAGUAGCGAAGUUGGUCGAUCAGCGGGAUCCCGUUACUAGUUAUUGGUGCCGAGUAUACGCACAAGAAACAGGACUGAAGCUUUCGACUAAGACACUGAAAGAAACGAACUUCUUACUGACAUUAAUGGAAUGGUUAGAAACAACGAAAAAGGAAUUACGUGAUAACGAAGCCAUCACGAACGAUAUAGUUGCACAGGCACACUUGGAAAAUUUGGCAUUAAAAUUGUUUCUCUCAGGUGAUAAGCAAGACAGAGCUGGUAAUUUUGGAAAAAACGUGAUAAAGUGUUUCCUCACAGCUGCUUUACUUUAUGACGUUUUGACCGUUUUUGGUGAAUUAAGCGAAGAAGCUGCGCAAAACAGACGAUACGCGAAAUGGAAAGCAGCGUACAUAGAUAAUUGUUUGAAGAACAAUAUCAAACCUGUACCAGGUCCCAUGGAAGACAAUAACGACAAUGCUGAUCUAGAUGAGAAUAUUGGAGAAGAUCAAGAAAAUAUCGAGGAAAAACCAGAUAAUACCGGUGGUCUGGCGGCGAAAUCAAAAGAGGAAGGAGAUGAGACGGUAAAUACAGAUGAAUUGGUCGAUAUUCGUAAUACUAAUCCAGCUGAGGGUGUGCAUAGUACGACUAGUAAAGGAAAUAUCGGGGUAUGGUCCUCUGAAAACAACGACGGUAGUACAGUUACAAGAAUGGAAGGUGGAGUGGAAUUGUCAGUGGAACAUAUAAACAAAGCACAAAAGUUUAUCAAAUGGGCUGGAAGCGCUUUAAAUUACGACGAUGUGCCUACGGCCGUGCUGAAUCUUCAAAAAGCUUUGCAUCUCUUAACCACCGCUGAAGAAGUGGCCUAAUCGAAAUUAAGCUUGAAAGCAUCGAUAGAAUAACUUUGGCAAUUGAUAGAUUCGCCGAGAAAAUGGAUACUUGCUGGAUUGACCUUUAUCGCUUGUAAAGAGUAACGUAAACAUCAAUAUCUAUAAUUUAAUCGAUGCAGGAGUAAAAACGAUAAGUUAUUUAUUUGAAUUGUUUACAUUAUUACAGCCACCA